AUGUUGUUGUUUGUCAUUGUAAUGCUCGUUCUGGAGGUUUCUUCGAGCUUUCCAGAUAGAGACGAUGUCCUAGAUGCAUUGGACUGUCUUGUACAUUACAUGGAUGUCCAUCGUAGAGAAUUAAAUGUAGAUGCUGUGUUUGGUCUGCGGAUGGCAGAAGGUCAACUAUGGCAGUUGCUUUCCAAUGAGAGUCUCAUCAUGCAUCUACCUGUGUCAACAGCUCAUCGUUUACGCGAUAUGGCAUACACAAUACAAAACAUUGCUACUGAUGCUGUUCCUUAUUUGAUGAAUCUGAACAGAUCUUACUUUGAACAGUUUUUGUACGUCAUAUCUUCUCCAUGGAUUAAAAGCAUUUAUCCUAGAAAGCUACAGUUGACAGACAAUGACAACUUCGCUGUCCAAUCUGAUGCUGAUGAAAACCAGUAUGUGGAUUUUACUGAAGAACAGAGUGAUUUGUGUAUGGCCGGUCUCAUGGGAACCCUACAUAAGAAUAGUGAAAGGUGCUUUAUCAGUGAUAAGUGUAGAGCAUUCAUGGUUAGCGAGAAGGCAAGUGGAUAUUACCUCACCCAUCAGCUCCUUUUUUAUUCACUAGGAAAGAAACUUGGUUGUGAAGUAGUAAUGCGAAAUAGGUUGGCCGUAGGAGGUUUUGAUAUCAAAGAGAUGGAAAGAACAUUAUGUGGUCGAGUGUACAGACAAAUGGAAGUACUGUAUUCGACAGGAGAAAUCAGUGUUGUAGACUUGUUUUUGGAAAGUGCGGCUGUGUGUGCACCGUUAGGAUUCUAUCAAGUUAUGAAGCUUGACUGGAUAGCAUUUGCAUUGAAAUGGCAAGAUGACUGUGGAUGCUACAAAGAUGAUCAUGACACACCACAGGAGCAGGAAAUGCAGCAUGAAAUGACUGUACGAAGAAUCUUAGUGGACAGGACUAUGUCAGAUGGCUGUUCUGCUCAUAUGUCAGGUGUUGCUGCUGGAUAUCUUGCCUCUUCUCUGUACUGGCUGCUGGUGCUUUCGCGUGGCCAACUUAAAGGCACCCCUGAAGCAGCAACUACACCUCUUGAUGUUGUCAAUACUAUCAGGAUCAAAUUGAAGAAAUGUGUAAAGGAAAUCAACAAAUAUAGUGGAUUACAUGAGGUGUUGUCUCGAGUUGAUAUGGGUAGUAAGUACAGCUUUUUGUUGUUACUCCUAGUUUUUGUGGUAGGACUUUUUGUGGUAGCAUAUUAUUUUCGACGUAGAUUACUAAAGAGAGGACAGAUCUGGGUGCAUCGUCUUUUUUUGCAAGUUUAGAAAUUCAAUUUCUUUGAUUAGAGCGA